AUGGCCGAGGAGGAUGUUGCAGCGCUGUGUGAGGAACCCCAGGAGUGGAAGGCCCUGGCGGGGUACAUCCGGGGGCGGCGGGUGACGAGGGGGGGGAUUAGGGACCUGGUGAAGCCGCUGUACGAUCGCCACCGGGCCUGGCUUGCGCUCGCCGAAUCUCGCAUGGAGACGCACGGGCGUUACGUGACCGAGGAAGAGGAAGAGGAUGAGGAAGAGUUCAUCGACGAUCCCACCACAACGGCCACAACGUAUGAGGGCAGCACCGAGGGUGGGGACACGACGACGGGGAGCGAAUUGUUGAGGGAGAUUGGGAGCGACGACGAGUGA